UAUUGUACAAGAUGCAGCGAAUAUUUGUGGUUUUGCAUGUGUUCCUGUCAUUAUAGGGAAGCUGUAGAGAUGGUGACAUUUUCAUCAUACAUCAUUUGUUUACUCAAACACCGAGCCUUCCAUAUGUAGAAACGUUACUUAUCACUAACUGGUAGUGGAAUUUAAACAAUAUACUUAAUCUGUUAUUACAUUAUAACAUCUACAAGCAACCUGGUAUCUUUAAAGAAGUGAUUUAAAAAAAAUCUUUUGUCACUCAUGCUGCCCAUCUCAUACCAAGACCAACGCACACGUAUCCAAUAUUUAAUACUGCUUUCAUAUACUGAUCGUAAAUUUAUAAAGCAACAAAUGAUAACUUCAGUCAGGCUUGGGAACAUAGAUUUUCCUGUGAAACAGACUGUAGUUUAUAUUUACAAAAUUAGUUCAGCUAGAAAUAAAAACAAUUUAUUAUUAGUGAAUCCAAUGCCCAUAAUCUGCCAGAGAUGCUAUCUUCAUAAAAUGCAGUAAGAUACAGGUACAAAAGAAAACAUCCAAUAUAGUCAAUGGCGUUUCUAAGAAUUAAAAUAGCUGGAAACAUUAUAUAAUUCACACCAAACUAGUAAAACCGCAAAUCAAUCUCCAAAUGAAAAAUAUCAGGACAAAACUCAAUUUUUAUUUACAGGAAUCCUGUUUUGUUGAGAUUGGUUACUUUAUUUUCAUCGUGGUCAGAAUCUCACACCGGCGAGACUUUUAGGACUUGUCUCUGGAUCAAUGAUGACAAACUUUUGCAGACAUAUUUCAAACACUACGUUCUUGGAAAAAGAUCGCCCAUGAUGUCUUCCGAACAAAAGUGAAACGAAACAUUGACAGUGCGGUGCUGCUUUUUCUUUCUUCUUUAUUUCUUGAAAGAAAACAGGUUGCAUAAUGCAAUUCCACUGAAUUCCAUAGAUGAUUUCACCGAUAAAAACAAAAUAUUGUGGUCAUUUGUAAACUUAAAAUUGCCGCAGUGUUUGAAGAACCAGAUGUUAUUAUUGCUGCAGAAAACACCACCUCAUACCCAACUAUUUAAAAACUUAAAAUAACAACUUAAUAAAUGCACACUACCGCUUUCCUCAAGCUCUCGUCGCAUAUGUUCCAGGCAAGAUUGUUGGGAUCGGGAAUAGAGAUCGUUGUCCCCGAUUCUGUAUGGCUGGAAACCCGCGUCGAUACCAGUAUCGUCGUCCUAUUGACGCGGCGCGUGUGAUAGACAAGGCGAACGGGCCAAUGGUCGUAGGUGCGCGCGAAGUGUCGCGAGGAUUGGGCUGACGCCGUCGGGUUGGCUCGGCUCGAGACGCUCUCUCCGGCUGUAGACUUAGCUUAGCUUAGCUGCCCGACUCUCCGGGAGUUAAAACAAAAUCCAGCUCAAGAUGUCUAACGUCGUGAGGAAGUUCUUCGCCGGGCAGCGGUGAGGGCGACGCGCCCGGAAGCCGCACGUACCGUGAGCGAUACAUUGCCCGGGGUCAGAAACUGCUGCACGUCUGAACAACGGAAAAGCGAAUUAGCGCCAGAACUAACCAAACUGCCACUGAGAACACAAACCUGUUGGGUUUUGUCUGUGGAUUUCCAACUACUCCAACGCCUUCCUCUGGAUUAUCAAGUUUUACCAUUUGCUUCUCCAGUCAAUCUGGGGACUGCUGAUUUUGAUGGACCCAGAUAUCACUGAGUGACUAAAUACUUUCAAUCAAUGUAUUUGGUAAUUCAGGAAGGCUGUAUUAUGGCAUAAAGUUCAUCACUCAAUACCAUAACAUGGAUUAUUUUUUGUACUUUUUUUCUUCCUGUGUUUUUGGGCUGUAAAUUGGAUAAAGUUGUGGUGAUUUUUUUCCCCCCCACUAAUAUUUAAUUUUGUCAAGACAUGCUUCCACUAACUUUGACCUCCAUUUAUGGAUAUAAAAGUGUGCUGCUUUUUUCCUGAAUUUCUACCAGUGUAGGACUUUGCGUUUAUAAAUAUUGCCUGGAAUGGUCUCUUUGAUUCAGAAUUCCCCUUUAACAUUUGAUCACAGCUCAGCACUAUCCAAGCAUAAAUACAUAUGUAACAUUUUUCUUUUGUGCAAAGUUUAAUUUAUUUUUUUAUCUUGAAGCACAUCCUUUGCUAUACAAUCCAUGGGAAAGGAAAAGAGAUAAGCCAUUUUGAUUCACUGUUGGUUAUGUUGCUGCUUCUUUCUUACUUGAAAAAGCACAAAGCAGAUCCCCUCUGCCAACUAAAACACCUAAGACUGACUGGAACCUGUUGAGUUGGAAAGUGCCUGCAUUCACUCAUGAUGCCCAGUGUUGAUAAAAGCGGGGGUGCCGGCGGACCCUCGUCAUCUCCCAAGUCCUCCCUGUCCCGCCCGCUACGGCCGAGCCGCUACGUCCCUGUGGCAGCAGCCACGGCCUUCCUGGUGGGGGCCACCACGCUCUUCUUCUGCUUCACCCCAUCCACACCCUGGCAACCCCCUCAGAUGAAUCGAGGGGACAGUCUGCAGGAGCCUCCGUCUAUCCUGCAGUCGAGCCAGCAGCCCAGCUACCGCUCGGAGCCCAGUCUGGACGGGAGGGCGGGGCACCGGGAACGGGGCGACAGGGAGAGGGGUGGCGGAGGCUCUGGGGGGAUGAGCAGCGUUCCUAGCUCUGCCAUGUCGGGCUACUCCUUGGGGGGGCGCUCCUACCCGUCUUUCACGGACCCCAUGGUGCUGUCGGGCGGGGCCUCGCGCUCCUCCAGCCUGCGCUCCACCCACACAGCCCACAAUGCACUGGGCACGCUGCACUCCGAGGGCACCACCUCCACGAGCUACAAAAGCCUGGCUAACCAGACGCCCCGCAACGGGAGCCUCUCAUACGAUAGUCUGCUGACUCCGUCCGAGAGCCCGGAGUUUGAGUCCGCGGCCCCAGAGCUGUCUCCGCCCAGCGCCCCCCCACAGAUGCUGGGCUAUAGCUCACCCUUCCUGUCGGCUCAGCAGCGUGAGUCUGAGCUACACCAGGCCUCUGUCGCCCUUCUCUCUUCCCCCCAGAAGCACUACGCUCGUGCCUCCAGCCCCCCCUCCACCGAGAGGGAGCACUUACUGCUGGACUCCCACCAGCCAGCACAGCCACCGCACCACCCUCGCCCCCCCCGCUUCUCCCGCACCCCGCUCCUGUCCGACCCGCCGCCGCCGCCGCCUCUCUCCUGUCGCACUCGCUCCUUGGGAUCCCCGGACGCUCCGCAGGCCCCCGCUUCUCCAUCAGCCCCCCCCACCAGUCCUUCACACCCCCCCAUAGGCAAGUCGCUCUCCUACACUAGUGCCGGCACUGAGCUGCAGUACCGCUCGCGGCCUCCGGAGGGCAGCGCUGCCGCGUGUCAGGAGGGGCCGCUCCCCAGGGGCAGGAAGGCCUCUGGGGGGGUCACCGGCAGCGGUAGUGGGAUUAAGGCUCCAAAGGACGAGAUUCAGAUGAAGUCUUUUAGUCGGUCAAAUGGACACCCCAGAUCUGCUCACCCUCAUCUCCCACCACCACCACCUCCUUCUCAUUCAAUCAGCUCCUCCGGCAGACCAGGACCAGCCAAUCACAGUGCUUCUCCUCCACUUAGCCCCACCCACAAACAGGGGGGAGGAGUGAAGAAGGUUACUGGCGUUGGCGGGACCACCUAUGAGAUUUCAGUAUAAGUCAAAGACAGCUUUUUCAACAGUUGCAAGAAAAUGGAUUUACUCUGGAAUUGAGGAAAAUCAGCUUCGCCUUGCAGCAUAUGCAAUGGAACCUUUUCAACAGGUAAAAGGUGGAAUCAUGGCCAGUGGGCUACCCUGCUGUUUUCAUGUUUUAAAAGUCCUGUGGUUCAUAGACAUUUACAAGUUCAUUUGCUGAAACUUUUUUAGAACCACCUUGAUUUUGCAUAUGAAGGCGGAGACCUGAAGAUCAGUGACCAAUGGUUAAUGGAUACUCAACCAGUGACUGGAUGCAGCAAUUUUUUAUUUUUUAUUUUUUUUUGAGAUAGCUGGUAUUUCACAGAGAAAUAUUGAAUAUAUACAUACAUUUUAUUAUAAAGCUAUAUUAGUAAUUCUUAUGUAAUCUCUGCACGGACGUAACUUUGCUCUCGACCAAGUGGCAAUACAGGCAUAGCUAAUGAGACCUCAACGCAGGAUCCGCUCACUGCUGUCGCUGCCUUGAGACCAUUUACUGCCAUCUGAACCACUGACUUGGCUUCAGCAGAGAUGUGGAGCAGUGACACGAAGACAAUGGAAGACAUUUGGGUUUUUUUUGCUGACCUGAGAAGUUUCUUUAGACUCCACAGAAAUUUUUUAAUUCCCCGUUUUAAUUUUGUUUUUAUCAUAAAUGAACACCACAGGGGUGUCGGCCGGUCGAGCCGGCCGGAGACAUUCCAGGCAGGUCAUGAGUCAUGUAGCGAGUUCUCAGCGGGUCGCUCGUGUCCGUCACUUGUUGCAUCAGUCAGAUUCGAAUGGAUUUAUUACCCAAAGAUGGCUGGAUGAUCAGGGGCUUCCUCCGAUAUCGCGGGUUAAGCCAUAUAGAAAUACAGCAGCCACAAUAACUUUGCGGAGAAUAAUGUUGAAAUCAAGGAUUAUUGUAUGCAAGUUGUCUCUUGUAGCGUAAAAUUCAUGUAUUUGGUGUUCGCGACGUUUUCGCUCAACAUUAGCCAGAAUUCCUUUUUCUGUCUUUAAGGGUGGCUAGAUGGCUGAUCGGGAAGAAAAUCGGCCGAAAUUAGUAGGCAAAUUAUCUUGUAAAAACUAUACCGAGCUGUUGAAGCUUUAAAUCUGGCACUAGGUAUCGCAACUUAACAAGAGACCAAAAAGGAACCAAAAAGCUUUUUUUUUUUUUUUUUUAAUUCUGAUGGGUUAACGUUUCAAUGUUUUGCCAAUCAUCCUUGUUAUCCACAGUUAGGAUUUCCCUGUUACUGACGGAAGCUUGAUAGUGGCAAGAUGCACAGCAGCCUGUUGCCCGAGUGAAUGUUUCAAGGGUAUGACAACCAACUAACCAACCAAACUGGUUAAUGGCUUCGUAGAGGGUAUUUUAAUGGGCAGCACACAUGCAGGUGUUUUCAUAAAGAGAUGUGAAUGAGCAAGAGUGAGUGAGGAAGACAUUGGCUGAGCAACACAAUAAAUCCUUGGAAAUAAACACAAUUGCAUAAUCUCUGCAAUGUUUCAA